AUGAAGUUUCGCGAUGGAAUGUGGCUGACAGCCGAGGGUGUGAGGGUCGAGUAUGCCGAGGAGGUGUACAAUAUCAAGAAGACAGACCGAGGGUUGCGUCUGCUCUGUCCAACCAAGAAGAUCAGGUCCAGAGGAGACACUCUAAACUUGAGUACCCUGAACAUUGAUGUCGAGGCACAGAGCGAUGGCGUUUUAUCCGUCGAAACCACGCACUGGGAUGGUGAGGUCAACAGAGGACCUCAUUUCGAUCUCUACCCGGCUGGCAAGCCUGAGGUCGAGAGUAAGGUCUCAGAGAGCAGCAAGGGAGCCACAACACUGACAUCUGGGUCCAUCACUGCCACUGUUGUACCUGGUACAUUUGACAUCCGUUUCGAUGCCGCGGAUGGCUCCAAGCAUCUCACCUCGCUCUUAAGCCGGAGCGUCGGCUUGGCUUACAGCCCGGCACCUAGCAAUCCACUGCAGACCGGUGAUCUGCGCGACUUCAAGCAUUACAUCUUCACGCAGACCUCUCUUGCCGUGGGUGAAUCUGUUCACGGGCUUGGGGAGAGAUUCGGCGCCUUCAACAAGCUCGGACAGGCCAUAACACUUUGGAAUGCCGACGGCGGGACUUCAAGCGAACAGGCUUACAAGAACAUCUCGUUCUGGCUGAGCAACCGUGGCUACGGUAUCUUCAUAGACCACGCCGGCAAAGUUGAGCUUGAGGUUGGGAGCGAGCGCUGCUGCCGAGUUCAGACGAGCAUCCGCGGCCAGCGGCUCAAGUGGUACAUCAUCUACGGCAAAACCCCCAAAGAGGUUCUCUACCGCUACUCCGUCCUCACCGGAAAGCCCAGCAGCGUUCCUAGCUGGAGUUUUGGCCUUUGGCUGAGUACCAGCUUUACCACAGACUACGACGAGGUCACUGUGAACUCUUUUCUCGAGGGCAUGAAGGAGCGCGACAUCACUGUGGACGUCUUCCACUACGACUGCUUCUGGAUGCCCGCCUUCAAAUGGACCGACUUUGUCUUCGACUCGGAGCGGUUCCCCGAUCCCAAGGCGCAGAUCGGCCGGCUCAAGGCCUCUGGGCUCGUCAAGAAAGUCUGCGUGUGGAUCAACCCGUACAUUGCCCAGCACGGCGAAGCCUUCAAGGAGGCCGCUGAGAAGGGGUAUCUUGUCAAGCGAAAGAACGGCGACGUCUGGCAGUGGGAUUUGUGGCAGGCCGGCAUGGGCCUGGUCGACUUCACAAAUCCGGCCGCGGUCGAGUGGUACGAGAGAUGCCUGAACACCCUUUUCGACCAGGGCGUGGACGCUAUCAAGACCGACUUUGGCGAGCGGGUGCCCACUCUCGAUGUGGCCUGGCACGACUCGUCUGUUGACCCUGAGAAGAUGCACAACUUCUACGCCUUCUUGUACAACAAGGUCGUCUACGAGGCUCUCCAGAAGCGCUACGGAUCCGACCAGGCCGUGCUCUUCGCGCGCACCGCAUGCGCUGGCACACAGCGCUUCCCGCUGCAGUGGGGCGGCGACUGUGAGUCCACGCCUGAGGCAAUGGCCGAGUCGGUGCGAGGCGGGCUAGGCCUGGGACUCGGCGGAUUUGCCUUUUGGAGCGUCGAUAUCGGUGGGUUCGAGGGGUAUCCUCCAGCCUGGAUCUACAAGCGCUGGGUGGCCUUCGGCCUGCUGUGCAGCCACAGCCGGCUGCACGGGAGCAACAGUUACCGCGUACCCUGGACCAUCGACAAUGAUGAUCGGACUGAGGAGGGCUGCACGCGGACACUGGCCAAGUGGACUGCGCUGAAGAACAGGCUUAUGCCAUACUUGUAUGCUCAGGCUGCGAAGGCAGUCGAGGGCGGAAUUCCUCUGUCGCUGCGGGCCAUGUGCCUCGAGUUCCCUGACGACCCGACGUCCUGGUUCCUGGACAGACAGUUCAUGGUGGGCGACAAUCUCCUCGCUGCGCCCAUCUUUGAUGAGGGUGGGGAGGUCGAGUUCUACCUGCCCAAGGGCAAAUGGACGUCCUUCUUCACCAAUGAGGUCCGAUCCGGCCCGGGCUGGUUCAAGGAGAAGCACGGCUUUGGCACGCUGCCUCUUUAUGUGCGGGAAAACUCUAUACUGUUGCUCGGCAAGGAGGGCGUCAAGGGCGCCGUUUAUGACUAUGCAGAAGACCUCGAGGUCUGCCUCUACCAUGUCAACGAAGGCACGAAAGCGACACUGGUAGACAACGAGGGCAAGCAGCUCGGCGUGCUUGAGGCCGGAGCCGAUGGCAAAUUGAAGAGCGUGGAUAUUUUGAAGGGCAAGACCACGGUCAGCCAGGAUGGUAGGAAGAUUGAUGAAAAGGCGGGCAAAACCAUCGAGCUAUUAUCCUAG